AUGGAAACACAAAAAAAUCUACUUUAUAAAGAAAUAUUCAAUAUUUUUUCCAAAGGUAAAAAAUCAUUUGGUUAUAAAGAAUUGGGCCAUAUAAUGAAAUCAUAUGGAAUGCGUACUAGUGAUAUUGAACUACAGGAUAUGAUUAGCCAAAUGGAUUUGAAUGUAAGUGGUGAGAUUGAAUUUCGUGAAUUUUAUCAAUUUAUAACGAAAAAAAUUAAACGACAAGAAGCUGAAGAAGAACUAUAUGAAGCAUUUAAAUUAUUUGAUCAAGAAGGCAAUGGUUUCAUCGCUAGUAAAGAUCUACGUGAAGCAUUGGCUAAUCUGGGUGAAAAAUUUAGUACUGGUGAAAUUGAUGAAAUGUUUAAUGAAUUUAAUAUCGAUAAUGAUGGUGAAAUUUUUAUCGAUGAAAUUAUUACAAAAUUAACGAAAAAUACAAAGAAAAAUUGAAUUUUUUUUCGACAAAUUUUCUAUUUUUAGAAAAAAAAUUUAUAAAACAAGAUUGCCGGUGAGUGGUGGGUUUCAUAAUUCUUUAAAAAUGUUCACAUUUGUUGUUUUUUCAUUCGAUUCUUUUGCCUGUUGAUUGAUAUUUUUUG